AUGAACUCAGAAUAUGCCUUGCCAUAUCGUUCCCUGAACGUCACACAUCUUCUAGACGAUGAGCUGGAGUAUGAACUGGCCAUCCGCGGAGUAAAAUAUGCUAGUGAGGCAGCUCUAGAAACUUCUCAAAGAAUAGUAGAAGGAAUAAACCGUUUGAAGGAAGUAGGUUUGUAUAGGCAAGAAACAGAUUUAGAUUCAGAGCCGAAUAACAUCGACGAGCAUAGCGAUGGGGGAUUCGACGGAGAACCGCAAGCGAAAGCUAGCACUCCGUAUCCUGUCAGAGAACCAGAUUCUGAAGUUCAACAUUCUGCGGAUAUGUUUGAAAAGCUAAUGGUAUUUGUCGAAGAUGUUGUCACGAAGAAGUUUGAUGAAUUGAAACAGGAUAGCGAAAGUGAUAAGGUAGAAUCUUUGAGAAAGAAGCAAGCAGUAGAAAAAGUUAAGGUUCGUGGAGAAGUAAGGAAAGUCCCACGGGAGCCGCGUAGGCAUGAGUUUCGUAUGCGUCCGGGAAAAGCGGAAACCGAAAACGAGUUAUCGGAUUCUAGCACAGAUGAAGGGAUCGAAACAAGAAAGGUUUUGAAGCGUCGACCCAGAUCUGUAGCGGAAUGGAAGCUCAAGUACGACGGCCGUGACGAAGGAAGGAAUUUGAAUAGAUUCAUAACGGAAGUGGAGUUCAUGGCGGAAGCAGAAGGGAUUGAUAAAGAAUCUCUUUUUAAUGAGGCUAUCCAUUUGUUUGUAGGAGAUGCCAGAGCUUGGUAUAUUGAGGGAAAGAAAAGUAGGGAUUUCAGGAACUGGACCGAACUUGUAUCUGACCUCAAAAUGGAAUAUCAGCCACCGGAUAUGGAUUUCCAUUAUGAGCAACAAGCGUCCCAGCGGAGGCAAAGAAGAUCCGAGAAGUUUCAGGACUUCUACGCCUCAAUAAUGGAGAUUUUCAGCAGGAUGGCCGAUCCACCUUCAGAAGAUCGGAUGUUUCAAAUAGUGUUUCGUAAUUUGAGAUCUGACUACAAAAACUCGUUGUUGGUCAAAGGAGUCAAAUCAUUGCGAAGUUUGAAGAUUUGGGGAAGAAAGGUAGAUGCGGCGAAUUGGUCUUUGUAUCGGGGUAGCACAUUUAACGAACCGAAUCUUAGGGCUCAGGUGAACGAGGUUUUUGGGCAUUCAGCGUCAAGGGGUCAGAGGUCAAAUGAGAACACCUGGAACAAUCAUGGAGCUCAGAGGAAACUGGAAUGGAGGAACUCGAAUCACACCAGGUCGGCGAAGGAUCCAUCCGCCAACGGUUUCGGCAAGAAGUACUACGAGGCGGAGAAAAAUCGUACGACUGGCCAGAACACCAACCAGGAGAGGCGAAGAGACGUACCAGAAGCAGGAAGUAGCAGAGGGACAUUAGACAGGAGAGUAUCGGAAUACCGGAAGCCAGAUCCCACCGUUUGCUUCAAUUGCCGAGGCAAUUAUCAUCACUAUAGCGCGUGCCUGAAGGAGAGGGAAGUUUUUUGUACAGUCUGUGGUUUUCAUGACUUCGUGAAGGAAUCGUGCCCAGAGGCGGAAGUAGCUGAAUUCGUUUUGAGCGUCGAGGGAGACAAUCGACCGUUCACCAGGAUCAACGUAAUGGGGAUCAGCAUGCUAGGUUUGUUGGACUGCGGAGCGCAGCUAACAGUGAUUGGAACCGGAAGUAGGAAGUUGUUGAGCGACCUCAAACUCAAAAUGCAGCCCACUUCGAUCAAACUGUCAGCAGCAGAUGGAACCAACAUCGGAGUGCAGGGAUCCGUAGACAUGCCGGUAACGUUCGACGGUCAGACACGAAUAGUUUCAACUUUAGUAGCCCCUGGAUUGAAACGUCGCCUAAUCUUAGGAAUGAAUUUUUGGAAAAUUUUCAACAUAGAACCCACAAUCAAGAAGAUAGAGGAAUUUUCGGUAGAGGAGCUAGAAGGUGAAGAAAAAGAAGGAGAAAAUUUAACACCAGAUCAAAUAAAGCAAAUUGAAGAAGUUAAGAAACAGUUCAAGGUUUUUGUAGAAGGAAAAAAGCUAGAAGCAACCCCUUUAUACACAGCGAAAAUUGAGUUUUUGGAGGAGUUUAAGAACGAGCCACCUAUUCGAUUAAACCCGUACCCAUGGUCACCAGAAGUCCAGAAAAGUGUCAACGAGGAGCUAGAUAAAUGGAUCGAGUCAGGAGUAGUCGAGCGUUCCAACAGCGAUUGGGCCUUACUGAUAGUACCAGUCAUGAAGAAGGAAACCCUAGAAGAUGGUACCGAGCGAAUGAAGGUCCGAAUGUGUCUCGAUGCUAGGAAAUUGAACGCAAGAACCCGUCGUGAUGCAUAUCCUCUUCCGCAUCAGGACCGUAUCUUGAGCAGGCUGGGGGCGUCAAAGUAUUUGUCCACAAUCGACUUAUCUAAAGCUUUUUGGCAAGUACCUUUGGACCCUCAAUCCAGGAAGUAUACGGCGUUCCGGGUGUUUGGAAGAGGAUUAUUCCAGUUUCGUCGGCUUCCAUUUGGUCUUGUCAACUCCAGUGCUGUUUUAUCGAAGGUCAUGGACGAAACCUUAGGCUAUGGAGAACUGGAACCAAACGUGUUCGUCUACCUUGACGAUAUCGUCAUUGCUAGCAACACGUUUGACGACCACAUUCGUAGCCUCAAGGAAGUAGCAAGAAGAUUGGAGAAGGCAAACCUCACAAUAAACCUGGAGAAGUCAAAAUUCUGUGUUCCAGAGCUACCCUAUUUAGGAUUCAUCUUGUCUGGUAACGGCGUGCGACCUAAUCCUGAUAAAAUUGAGGCUAUAAUAAAUUUCGAACGUCCCACAUCAGUUAGAUCGCUGAGAAGGUUUCUGGGGAUGACAAACUAUUAUCGGAGGUUUAUAAGCGAGUUUAGUGAAACUACUGCGCCCUUGACUAAUCUAUUAAAAGGAAAACCAAAAACCGUCCAGUGGAACGCGCAGGCAGAGGAAGCUUUUAAUUGCCUGAAAGAAAAAUUAAUAACCGCCCCGAUUUUAGCUUGUCCAGAUUUCCAGAAGCCUUUCACGAUCCAAACUGAUGCGAGUGACACAGCUGUGGCAGGAGUUUUAACUCAAGAAGCUGAAGGAGGGGAGCACGUGAUCGCUUACUUCUCGCGUAAACUCACCAUGUCACAAAGGUCAUGGAAAGCGGUGGAGAAGGAAGGAGCAGCAGCGUUAGAGGCGAUUGAAAAAUUUAGGCCGUACGUGGAAGGGACUCACUUUACCCUUAUCACCGACUCGUCAGCAUUAUCAUUUAUUAUGAAUAGUAAAUGGAAACCAUCGUCAAAAUUGAGUCGUUGGAGCAUGCUUCUACAGCAAUUCGAUAUGAGCAUAAAACACCGCAAGGGCUCGGAAAACGUGGUUCCCGAUGCACUAUCGAGAGCUGUAGAGGCCAUCAAUGCUCAUAAUGACGACUGGUAUUCCAAACUAUUCAUAAAAGUGAAAAACUCUCCAGAUGAUUAUUUAGAUUUCAAAAUAGAAAAUGGAAAAUUGUUUAAGUAUGUUGCAGCUAAAAUGGAAACGAUGGAUUAUCGCUACGAGUGGAAGCUGUGUAUUCCCUCCGAGCUUAAGAAGGAAAUUCUUGAGAGAGAACACGACCAGCAUGGCAGCGGAUUGCCGGAAACACAUCAAGGUAUGCAGCACCUGCAAGCAAUGCAAGCCGUCCAACAUCGGAUCCGCACCACCAAUGGGGAACCAACGUCUCACCAGCAAACCUUUUCAAAUCUUGGCGCUUGA